UGUCAUACCGUGCAAUCUUCGCGUUGACAGCUGACCUCAGUGUGUGUUCUCCUCGGUAGAUUAUUGGUAGUAUUCGGACAGAGACCGGGUUAAAUAAACUCUGUGUGUGCCGCAGGACAAACUAACCGGACAAAAUGCGCCUCACGUUAAACAUGUUGAUCUCUCACGGCCGUGUGGCCCGGAAGAUGGGUCUGGGUCCGCGGUCCAGAAUGGACCUGCUGCGGAACAUCCUGACUGGACUGGUCCGACACGAGAGGAUAGAGACCACUGCGGCCCGAGCAGAUGAAGUCCGCUUCUACGCCGAAAAGCUGAUUGACUAUGCCAAAAAGGGAGACACGGACGAGAAGGCGAUGAAAAUGGCCAGCUUUUGGUUGACAGAAAAGGAUCUGGUCCCAAAGCUCUUUAAGGUCCUCGCGCCGCGGUUUGAGACCCAGCUGAAUGACUACACACGAAUGGCGCGCAUUCCCACCAAACAGAACUUGGAUAAAGCCAAGAUGGCCGUCCUGGAGUACAAAGGCAACCCCUUCCCGCCUCUGUAUCCUGUGAAAAAAGAGAAUGAACUGACUCUCAUCAAUCAGCUGCUCAAAGGCUACAGAGAAGAGAAGGCACAACAGUUAACUGCAAAAGCUUAAUUAACACCAUCACAGUGAUCGAUGGUCGUUCGACGGUGGUGGAUGGGAAAAUGCAGAUGCUGCAGAUUGUGGCUCAUAGACACUGAAAGAACAGUUGGGCAGCAUCAACGGAAGCCAAGAACAUUUUUGUGAAAGGACAUUUGUCGCUGAAUGUGUACUAAUAAAUAUUUC